GAAGCAUCUCCAGCGUGGUGCGCGUACGAGAGGCGCACCAGGUCCCAGACCACGCGAGAUAACGUAUGUAUGUCAAGUUUGGCCAAUGAGUGUCGUGGGGUAGUCGACAAAUAUGUCAAUGAAGCAACAAAGCUGAAGAUCUGGUAGAUGCACUCUUCCUUCUACACUUCCUCUCUCUCUUCUUCUCGUUGAAAAUUUCUCGUGGGGUCACUGGUAGGAAAGGUCACCGGCGUGUGUAUCGCACUUUGGUAUAAAACCACAUCAAACCAUUGAUUAUCAUCAGUUCUUCCACGUUCGUCUGCAGUGCAGUGAAAAAAAAAUUAGCAGUGAUGAAGUAUUUGUGCGUGUUUGUGCUCAUCGCUUUGGCUUCAGCCGUUUCGGCUAGCGAGGAUACUUUCGAGAAUGCUGGAGUUCGCGUGGCCCUCAAACUUUACGAUGAUUGUACCAAAUCCGACGGAUUUUCGCCAUGUUUGAAGAAGAAGGCCCUGACUUUCCUAGACCGUCUGGGACGCAUGCAAAAAUUGAACUUGGCUGAGGGUGUUACAGUGACUCGUGUACAAAACGACACUUUGGAACCUCCAAUCAGUGAGGAACAACUCGAGAAAUCUCUGCCUAGGGGUGCUGAUGCUCAAGAUCAAGUCCUCAACUCCAUGCUCUUGGACAAGGUUUCCAGAAUGUUGAGCUCCAGGUCAAUCCAGGUCACUCUGCCCAAAUUCAAAGCCUCAGACUUCACUUUGGAAGAAGGACGUGGAAAGAAGAUGAAGGGAAUGUUGGGUGGUAUGAUGAUGGGAAUUGUCGCUAAAAUGGCAGCUUUAAUCCCUGUCGCCAUCGCUGGUCUCUUCCUGUUGGCUGGAAAAGCUUUGAUCACCGCCAAAAUAGCCUUGUUGCUCUCUGGAAUCAUCGCUUUGAAGAAACUCGUGGCCGCCAAGCAAAGCGGAGGACAUGGACACAGCGGCGGACACUCCAGCGGCUGGCAAUCCAGUGGCGGCGGAUGGGACAAGAGGUCCAUCGAUGAAAUCAACGAAUCCCAGAAACAGGCCUACAGCGCGUACGCCCCUAAAUGAAUUGAACUAGAAUAGACGGUUUAUCGAUUUCGAAUUAACAAUGGGAUGUGGUUCCCAUUGACAGUUGUACAAAUAUCGACCGAUUUUUUGGUCGUUCACAUCAUAUUCUUCUUUUUCUUUUUCAGAGCAGACACAAUAGUUGAUUAUUUAUUUUAUUUAUGUAUUUAUUUCGAUUAUUUAUGACGAAUGUCUAUCACUUGUUCAAUGAGAAAAUCCACGAAUUUUUGUUGCAAAAAAGAAUAAAUGUUGUUUUCCAA